UGUUCAGGAAUAGCAAUAAAAAAUUCGCACAUUGCCGACUUGCUUCCUACUCCUAGCAUUGAAAAUCAAAGGUACUAAUCAGGGGGUCGAAUAGACAACCCGAAGAUUAAACUAAGGCAAAUAUGCAGGUAGCUGUAGCAUUAUUUGCGGUACUUUUAGCCGGAUUCUCUGCCGACGCUACCGUUUACUUUAAAGAACAAUUUCUCGAUGGAGAUGCAUGGAGCAGUCGCUGGCUGGAAUCCAAACACAAAUCAGACUACGGGAAGUGGAAACUGACCUCUGGAAAGUUCUUUGGGGAUGCUGAGAAAGAUAAAGGUCUCCAAACCAGCCAGGAUGCCCGAUUCUACGCUGUUUCUUCCCGCUUUGAGCCUUUCAGUAAUGAAGGCAAGCCGCUUGUGAUCCAGUUCACUGUCAAACAUGAACAGAAGAUUGACUGCGGGGGUGGGUAUGUCAAGGUCUUCCCUGCAGACUUGGAUCAGGCUGACAUGCAUGGAGACUCCCAGUACUACAUCAUGUUUGGGCCUGAUAUCUGUGGCUACAGCACAAAGAAGGUUCACGUCAUCUUUAACUACAAAGGCAAGAAUCAUCUCAUAAAGAAGGAAAUCAAGUGCAAGGAUGAUGAGAUGACACACCUUUACACUCUCAUCCUGCAACCUGACCAAACCUAUGAGGUCAAAAUUGACAAUGAGAAGGUGGAGUCGGGGUCCCUGGAGGAAGACUGGGACUUUUUGCCCUCAAAAACGAUCAAAGACCCAGAGGCAAAGAAGCCAGAGGACUGGGAUGACCGUGCCAAAAUUGAUGACCCUGAGGACAGCAGACCAGAGGACUGGGACAAGCCAGAGAACAUUCCGGAUCCUGAUGCCAAAAAGCCUGACGACUGGGAUGAGGAAAUGGAUGGUGAAUGGGAGCCACCCAUGAUCCCUAAUCCAGAGUACAAGGGGGAGUGGAGACCGAAACAGAUUGAUAAUCCCAACUACAAAGGAGUUUGGGUCCAUCCUGAAAUUGAUAACCCCGAGUACACACCCGAUUCCUCCAUUUACAAGUUUGACAGCAUUGGAGUAUUGGGACUGGACCUGUGGCAAGUGAAGUCUGGCACCAUCUUUGACAAUUUCCUCAUCACUGAUGAUGUAAAAACUGCAGAAGAGUUUGGAACUGAGACAUGGGGAGCUACCAAGGAGCCAGAAAAGAAAAUGAAAGAGAAACAAGAGGAAGAAGAGAGGAAACAGACAGAAGAGGAGAAGAGUAAGAAGGAUGAAGAUGAUGAUGACGAUGACGAUGAAGGGGAAGAUGAGGAGGAGGAGGAGGGAGAGGGAGAGGAAGAGGAUACAACUGAAGAGCCCAGUCCAACGGAAGAUGAGGAAGAUGAACUUUCACCCAAAGAAGUAAAAGAUGAACUCUAAAAUAGCCUAGACAGAGGGGAGCUUCAGUGGCAUUUUCUCUUAUCCAGGGGAACAAUUGCUGUGCAUCCACACUUUGACUAAUGUUAUUUGGAUGUGGCCCCUUCCUGUGGCAGUCAAAUUUUUUUUUUUUAAAGGGAAGGCAUAGGGUAGGGUACAGAAUGUUGGUAUUUUUUAUUGAUUUAUACAAAUUACAUUCAGGCUGGGAGGGUGGGAGUCGGUGAGUUGAAGUGAUUUGUCUUUUUUAUUUUUUUUAAACCAGUGCUUUGUCCUCCUCCAAAGGCCUUGGGGUGUCCUGAAAUUUAAAGAGUCAUGUCAGUGCUGCUGUUUCUGCUUUUCCAUUAUCCUCUGCAUGACUGCUGCCAUCAAUAAAAACUGCCCUGGUUUCAGAGCUGAGGCUCGUCUGUUUUCACCAGCAUGUGUGUUGGUGGCUGCAGGUGGCAGAUCGUAGAUUGAGAUUACUCAAAACCAUUAUCUGUUGACAGAGUGCAGAAGUCAAGCCCAUCGAUUUGCAAAUGUUGAACUUUUUCCUCCAUACCACAGUCCAUUUUAGUAAAUGAGCUAGCAGGACAUUAAAUGAACAUUGCCAGUUCAGUUUGUUGCAGCCGUUCCCAGAAACUCUGUCGGAGCUAGUCUUUACCAUGUGAAAAAUCCAAGGCUUUUUAAUAAAGAUUAUGAGGACUCAAGACCUUCACACAAAGUACUGAUUCACUGAGUGAGGGACUGGUUCUCUAUGAAUCAUUCCUUCCAAUUUUGUAUAUAUGGAAUCAUUUGUUUUCUUACAUGACUAAUCCCCAAAAUUUUAAAUAUUUUUUAUUUCUUGUUUUAUGUUCAUGAGAUUAGUUUCCCUUUACGGGUCUUGAAAUCGGCCAUGGCUAUGAAUGUCUUUGGGCCUGUGGGAUGGAUAAGGUUUUUACUUGGCACACUGUGUGAAGUACUUUGUUUUCAUUGUCUGUAAAUUUUUAUAUAUAUAAAUUUUCAUUCCUUGAUCGGGUCUGAUGCCUAUUUUUUGUGACCAAUAGAGUAUUUGAAUGUAGUUUAAAUAAAUAUAAUUCACGGUUACAGUUUUACAGAUGGUAAGUUAUGCAUUCUAGCUUGGACAUGAGACGGAACCCCACCCCCAAACAGCACAAUGGUCAUACAUUUCAUUUUUUUUUUUUUUUUGUUCUGCAACAAGAAAGUGAUAAAUAAUAGCUAAAUUUAAUUAAAAUUAAGUGUGUAUAAAUCA